AUGAUGGACAUGGAUAUGGACAUGAGCUCGACAAUGUCGAUGGCGACCACGACAGGAAUGUCCAUGUCUACCUCAACCUCCAUGUCCUCAAUGGAUAUGGGUUCGGGUUCCUCCAUGAUGAGCAUGUCUGAUAUGAUGAUGACCUUCUUCACCUCAUUCCAGACCCCCCUCUUCUCCGAGACCUGGACCCCGACCAGCAAGGGCCAGUACGCCGGCACAUGUAUUUUCUUGAUUGCCCUGGCCGUCAUAUUGCGCGUUCUACUUGUCAUUCGGCCACUCUUAGAAGGUCGGGUAUUUACCGAUAAUUCCGGCCACCCUAUGCUCGACAGCCUCGACGAAAAACACAGCCAGACUGCCAAACCCCCAUCAGGAUUGGCUCUGACACUUCUGGAGGUCGGAUCCCGCUGGAGGAGGUGGAGAAUCAACCCUGCAGCUGGUCGCGCGACCUACGAAGUGGUUGUUGCGGGUGUGGCGUAUCUGCUGAUGCUCGGCGUCAUGACGAUGAAUGUCGGGUACUUCAUGUCUAUCCUGGCAGGCAUCUGGCUGGGAACAUUCAUCAUGGGCAGUGUCGCAGCUGAAAGCUCCUGGCAGCACGCCCAGGGCUGUUAG